GCUCACAUUUAAUAAGCUAAAAGCAUAUUGAGCGGCGCUGAACUCCGAAGAUAUUUAUCUUAAGCAUAUGCGCAUUAUUCAGUCAAUAGAACCAUUUUAUUAUGACAACAAACCAAAUAAAUACGGGGUCCGAUUCGAGUGCCACGCGAGCUGCCAGCUUAGUGCAGAGCGUGCAACAAAACGGGGCAGUUUACAGACAAAUAGCGGAAAAGAAGGAAAAAUGAUUCAGGUUAUGAAUUGGCUCUCCAUGGCCAUAGGCCUGAUACCGCUAAACCGCCAGCAAUCGCGGUCGAACUUUGUGCUGGACUACGCCAUGAUGGUGAUUGUGCCCUGCCUCUAUUUGGCCUCCUAUCUGGGCAUCAACUUGAUGGAGAGCUUCGGCCUGCCCUUCCUCGAUGCCUGCAACAGCGUCUGCCGGCUGAGCAACAACCUGUUCAUGCACCUGGGCGCCUUCCUCUAUGUGACGAUCACCCUGCUCAGUCUCUACCGGCGCAAGCAGUUCUUUGUGGACUUCGAGACGCGCCUGGCGGAGAUCGAUGAGGUCAUCCAGAAGUGCCGACGCGUUGCUGAACUGGACAAGGGCCGCGCCCAGGCGGUCAAGCACAGUGUCGCCUACCACUUCACCUGGCUCUUUGUCUUCAGCGUGUUCAUCUUUGCCCUGUACUACGACUCCAAGGAACUGUAUGCCACCUUUGGCGAGUAUGCGAUAAUACCAUUUAUGGUGUCGAGCUUCCCAUAUCUGGCUGGCAGCAUUAUCCAGGGCGAAUUCAUCUAUCAUGUGUCUGUCAUUUCGAAUCGCUUCGAGCAAAUAAAUAAGCUCUUCGAGAAGAUAAACCAGGAGGCGCGCCACCGCCACGCCCCGCUCACAGUCUUCGACAUCGAGAGCGAGGGCAAGAAGCAGGAGCGCAAGCCAACGCCCGCCGAGAAAGCAGCCGCCACCAAAGCCAUCUACAGCACCGAUCCCAAGUUGGCGGAUGGGCUGAAGGCCCAAAAGGCGCUGCCUGCCAACCAGCAGAACGAGCUGAACUCCAGCGAUGAGGAGGACGAGGAUAUCUUCGACUACAACGAGGGCAUGAUGGAAGAGAAUACCGGCACCACAUCAGAGGCCAAUUUGCCGGAUCUGUUCAAGCUGCACGACAAAAUACUCGCGCUGAGCGUUAUGACUAACGGGGAGUUCGGACCACAGUGCGUACCCUAUAUGGCGGCCUGCUUUGUGGUCAGCAUCUUCGGCAUAUUCCUCGAGACGAAGGUCAACUUCAUAGUCAGCGGCAAGAGCCGCCUGCUGGACUACGUGACCUAUCUGUAUGUCAUCUGGAGCUUCACCACCAUGGUGGUGGCCUACAUAGUGCUGCGGCUCUGCUGCAACGCCAACAACCAUUCCAAGCAAUCGGCGAUGAUCGUGCACGAGAUCAUGCAGAAGAAGCCGGCCUUUAUGCUGAGCAACGAUCUCUUCUACAACAAGAUGAAGUCCUUCACUCUGCAGUUCCUGCACUGGGAGGGCUACUUCCAGUUCAAUGGCAUCGGGCUCUUCGCACUGGACUACACAUUCAUAUUCUCGACUGUGAGUGCAGCCACGUCGUAUUUGAUUGUCCUGCUGCAGUUCGACAUGACGGCAAUAUUGCGCAACGAGGGCCUCAUGACCUAAGCGCUUCGCUCCAAUGCAAUUAAAUGUGGACGAGUUUUUCAUUUAUGCAUUUAUCUACUCUAUUUUUGUGUCACAUUUU